AUGCAAUCACUCAAGCCCUUUCUGGUAAGUGAAAACCCGGCAUUCAAACUAUCGCCGCACAGAAUACAUCAAUUAUUGGAGGCGAUUGUGUUUCAUAUGUUGUGUGUUAUUGAAUGUUUGAAGCAAAAGAAAGAAGUCCCGCAGAUACACCUUGAAUACUUUAGUCUGAUCAUAGCUCAGUUGGGACACAUAAAAGACCGUAGCUUUGAUUGCCAGAGUAUACAAUGUAAGUUUGCAAUUCCACAUAAUGAUGCACUUCAAUCGGGACUUCAAUGCUUUUGCUUGGUCACGCAGCAUAUUAAAGAGCCUUACACAGAAGACGACUUGAUUUCGUGGAUAAAGUCCUGCAGCUCGAAAUCAGUAACCUCAAGUUUGUCCUUGGUGACGGAGAACACUCCGGCAUUUGUCUUGUUUGAUAUUCUACUACGAAGCCCAAAAUUCAAGGAGCAGUUUCUCGUGCAACUGGAACUAUGGACUCAUAACAUAUACUACUUGAUGACGCAAAUGAAAAAGGAUCCAUACAUAAUAAAGGCUAUGUUGGACAAUUUGACAUACUAUGCUGUAAUGUUUGAGCUGCGCAGUCUAUUGAGCAUCUAUCAAACGACGCUAGAUUUUUUGAAUUUAUCCAGAACACACAUAAAUUUAGGUGAUGCAUUUAUUGAUGAUAUUAUUUGGAACCUUGCUGUUUAUUCGCUUCGAUAUCAAAAAAUUGAUCCCCUAAGUAUCGCAAAUGCCCAAGAGUUGCUUAUGUCACAGAUUAGAAAUAAACAUGGGAGAUCUCUAACUUUGAAAGGCUACCUAGGUAUAGCCCUUGUGAUGUCCCGAAUCUCAUACAGCAAAGGUAUCCUGAUAUUUCGCAUUGCAGAGAAGAUUUUCAUGGAAAAGACACACUCGAAGAAAGACUCGUUGGUAUACUAUCUUACCAAAAUCCAUCUCUCAAGAUCCGCCUCCGAGGCAGUCGACUCCUUCAAGACAGCUAGUAAUCAAUUUGACUACUCCUCGACGUUAUGGUUAUUCUUUAUUCGAAAAUUGAAGUAUCUAAAGUUGAUGGAUGAGAAACGUGUAAAGAUGUUGUUCAAACAGAUAUACAGCUCAAAGGUGAAAGUAACAGUUGAUAUUGUUUUCGAGUUUUUACACUUUGCAAAGGACUUUACCUUUCUCGAAGAGUUGUUUUGCUCGGUGUCCAACUCAAAGCAAACGAUAGUGCAGAGCACAUUCCGGGUGAAAUACAUUCAAUUGCUUCAGCGCAGAAAAGUACAAGAGGAGAGCAUCCCUGAGUUGCCGUGGGAAAAGUGUGAUGAAGAACAUCAGAAUCGAAACUUUGAUUCAAUCGAGCAGUGUAUCACACACAUAUAUAAUACAUCUCCUGUCAAAUCAAUGCAACUCAUAGUGGCAUUUCUCAGCUACAUUUCCAACCAUGACACAGUCAAGUUUUUCGAAAUUUACCAGCAGGAAGUUUUGGACAAAGAUCAUCUUCCCAGUGCCGCGUGUUUAAAGCUUCUUCUAGACACUGCCAAAGAAUCAGAAAAUGUCAGAGUUACCGAUAAAUUGGUUGUUUCUCAGCUAGCAAUUCGUGAGUUUCAAAAAAAUGUGCAAGCUAACACCAAAGCAAUGGGCAUUUUUCCUCGUGAUGAUCUUUGGAAGCUGUACAUCUCGUUACUUGCCAAAUUUGGCUACAUUUCCGAGCUCUCAAAAAUCAUAAAGUGGUGGAUUGAUCUCAACUUCAAACCGAAAAAAGCCACCAUUCUUUGCUUGUUGGACACAUUGCCGGAGGAAUUUGCUUUGCGGCAUAUAAAGCAUCAUCAAGCAGCCAAGCUGAAAAAGGACUGGGAUUGGCCAACGACGCGAGAGUUCAAAAAACACAAGUGGAUUCAAGGUCUACAGACUGUAAGUAAAUAA